ACCUCUAGUAACAGGUUACUCGGUGAUAAAAAAGUCUUUUGUAAUCUCGCUGUCAAAAAGGCUCUUUGUUAGGGGAAAAUUAAUUCAAAAGAGCUAUUUAUUUCUUUAGUUACAGCCAUUUUCACGGAGCCGAAGUGUUGGAUUUCGGAUACGAAAGAAGAUUUCCUGAGAUAUUCUAGGGAGCCGUCUCUUUUCCUAAAUGAUUUAAUCGGACCGUGAAUUUUGAUUUCACUGGGAAAACAGCCACAAACAUUUGGAGAUUACUUACGAGAAAGAAGUGCGCAUCGCGAAGGAAGAAAACUGAUCAUUGUAUUUCCGUGGAUCGCUGGAAAAAACAGCUUUUGCUACCGAAGAUAAUCUCUGUCUAGGAUCACCUGAGCAGUCUGCCUCCUACGAAAAUGGCUCACGGUAGUGAUAUAGGAUUUAGCAUGGAAAUCACAUCUUAUUCACCCGUGGCCUCCGUGAUCGCAAUCUACUGCCUUAUGACUAUUGGGAUAAAUAUUUUCGUUUGCUACUACAUUUACCGCAAGAGAAGUCUUCGCAGUUCCUGCACAGCGCUAAUCGUGGCGAAUUUGGCGGCCGUAGAUGUUUUGGUCUCGAUCAAAGAUUUGCCACUUUUAAUCUCCGUCAGUACGAGUGGAAGAUGGUACUUCGAGGAGCACUGGUGCAGAAGUUAUGGACUGACAAAUGUAAUCUACAUCAUCGUGUCGAUUUCAACGCUCGUCACAAUCACCACCGAACAGUACUUCCGAAUGACCGAUCCACAGAAGGUACCGGGAAAUGCUCCUCGUUCCAUUCCACUGGGUUACAUCAUAGCGCACACCACUCUUUCGUACUCGCUCUCUCUUCUGUGGAGCAAGUACGUGUUUAUUAGCAGAAAGGCCUUCUGUGAGGUGGACUGGCCGCCUUCCGGGUUGAGUUUCACACUCAUUACAUCGUGUAUUUUUCUGAUUCCUGUCUCUCUCCUGAUUUACAACUUCUUCGGAAGUGAGUCCGAGGACAAAAACUCAAGCGCAAAGGCCAAGCUAGCCAAGAUGGAGAACGGAGAGGCGGAAGAGACCGAGGAGGACAAAGCACAUUGCCGCCUGCAACUCGCCAUCAGCAUGUUUUUGAUCACGUGGUCCCCGUACGUGAUCGAGAGUUUUUUCACGUAUUCAUCCCAGGUCCCGAACAUCGUCGGAGUUGUUUGCGCUUUUGUUCCAAUCGUAACCACGACGCUUAUCCCACUGUGGUACAUAAAAUGGAGACGGGAUGCAGACAGAAUGAGCCCUGUCAUUUCGUACGUUCAGAAUUGUUAAAUUAUUGGAACGCAAUAUUGAACCGUGCCAAACGAAUUGGCUAUUUGGACACGAGACUUGGUUUCUAGCUGUCCUUGUGUGUUAAAUGGUCAUAUAAUUGAGUGGUUUUUCCACGGUUUAGUUGCAACAGAGUUGCAUCUAUAUUCCUCUGUUUCAGGGAAGAAAAAAAAUUAUAAAUUAGUAAAAAUAAUUAAGUGGUCAGAAAUAUAUUAUGCGGGUCAAGAACGUUAAUUCAAUUGCGUUAAAAUGUUGUGUUAUGUAUAUAUUUCAGUGCUCUUCAAAUUAAUUUCCUAUAGACAAGGAUAGUCAGUGUGUCAUUUAUAAUGGACGAUAUUUCCCAUGUUACAUAACCCGGCUAUUGCCUGAGAUGAUAUAGUAAUUCUGUUUUGUGACCUGACAAAAAUAAGAACUUGUUUUUCUUUUUAAAUGCAUGGAUACGAUCAUCAAUAAUGUUAUUGUACGUUAAAACUAGUUUUAAUUAUUUCUUCUUUAUAAUUUUUGAAUAGCUUGUUAACAAGUCAUUGCUUUACUUAAUUUGUAAAAGAAAGACAUUGAGACAUUAAAAGUCCAU